CGCUCUAUUCGCUAUUCAAAAUGGCGACCGUGUGGCGUUCACAGUGCGCGUUUGCACGAUUUUUUGCUGGAAAAACCGGGUUGAUCCUGAACAACACUGCAGAUUUGGGUUCAAAAGUACGCCCGGAUUCAAUAUCGGUUUCAAAAAGACUAUACUCAAACUAUGGAAAUUCUCCUUUUGUAAGGAGAAUACAGGAACAGUAUGAGUUUGAAGUAGUAAAAAAUCCGCCAGAAUGGUCUUACGUUGAGAGACUUCUACCAUUUGAAGGCAUACCAAAAGUAACACCUAAGGAAUCUUAUCCUUCGGGUUGGAUUCCACGAAAAGAAGAAGCAAGCAAUUUGCCAUAUUUUCUUCAGAGAACAAAAAAUGAAGAAUUAUCCAUAUAUUUAGAUAUCUCUUGUAGAGGGAUGCGAAAAAUUUCCAAAGUGAAAAAAAUCGAAGGGGAUAUUUGGUUACUGAAUGAUGAGUUAAAAGAGUACUUGAAAAAGAGAUAUAAUCGUUACAUCGAAUCCAGAGUUCAUGAAUUAUCUAAAUUUAUUGAAUUUAAAGGGGAUUAUGUCAAUGCUUUGAAAGAAUGGGCGCAUAGUAAAGGAUUCUAGUGCUUUGAAUAAUAAAUAAAGUAAUUUUAGU